UUCAAUUUGCCCUACUUGACAAGAAGCUCAGCCUCAAUUCGCCCGCAGAAUUUCAAUCUAAGCUCCGACGUGGGCUCAGGUCGUUAUAGUCACCUCCACCGGCCAGGCCACCUUAAUUUAAAUUUGAUGGAUACCAAUAAUUGGAGACCUUCUCAAGGCACUGAACCAACUAUGGAUACAAAUGAUUGGAGAGCUCAACUACAACCUGAAUCACGCCAAAGAAUUGUCAACAAAAUAAUGGAAACAUUGAAAAUGCAUCUUCCAUGUUCUGGUCAAGAGGGAAUACAUGAGCUUCGAAAGAUUGCUCAAAGGUUUGAAGAGAAGAUUUAUACUGCUGCAACUAGCCAGCCUGAUUAUCUACGGAAAAUAUCUUUGAAGAUGCUUACAAUGAAGACUACAUCCCAGAACAACAUAAACAACCCUAUGCCAGCAAACCCAGGUGGCCCCAGUAAUCAACCUCCUGAUACAGUUUAGGUUCUAGAGCCUUGGCUUGGGCAUGAUAUUAUUAAGUGGUUCCAAAGCCUAUAUAUGACAUGUAUGUGCACAUAUAAAGGCAUUUGAAUGGAUGUUUCCAUUAUGUUCUUUUAGUAAUUUUCCAUGUGAGAUUCAAUAAAGUCUUAUAUUGACUGUUGAGGACUUAACACAACUCUCCUUUGAGAUUGGCUGUAAACAUAAGCGGAGUUAAUCCAUAUAGUCAAUCCCAUCUAAUGGGAUAAGGUUUUUUGUUA